CCUCCUUAAGCCACGCCCCCUCCUCCCUCAAGCCCCGCCCCUUACGUACGUACGUACCGGUCACGCCGCCGCCGCCAUGAGCGGGUGGGCCCCGUACGUGGACACGUUGCUGGCGGACGGCACGUGCCAGGACGCAGCUAUCGUCGGUUAUCGCGAUACUCCCGCGGUCUGGGCCGCGGCCCCCGGCAAGACCUUCGCCAACAUCACGGCAGCCGAGGUGCAGGCGCUGGUGAGCCCCGAGCGAGGCCCCCUGCUGGUGUCAGGCCUCACCCUGGGGGGGUUGCGCUGUUCCGUCAUCCGGGACUCGCUGCUGGUGGAGGGGGAGCACAGCAUGGACCUGCGCAGCAAGGGGGGGGCUCCUGGAACAGCCACCGUCAACAUCACUGCCGCCAUCACCAACAAGACCAUAGUCUUGGCCAUGGGCAAGGAGGGUGUCCAUGGAGGCUGCGUCAACAAGAAGUGCUAUGACCUGGCCAAUCACCUGCGGCGCUCCCAGUACUGACCUCUGACCCCCACGUGACCCCUCUGCCCCACAAGUGACCCCUCUGCCCCACAAGUGACCCCUCCCCCCCCCGGGACCACCAGGACCUAUGGGACCGAAUCCAGCCCCAUUGCUUUGUAUUACACACACCCAACCCCCCCCCGCUGCGGGCAGCAAUAAAGCCUCGUGGGGA